AUGGAAACCCAAAAAGCCAGCACUUUACCAUCAAAAAACCCAAUUGAGUGGCUUAAUCAAUUUUUAGAGAGCCCUAAUCCAUCAACAAAAGAAAAUUAUGAAGGUCUUAAUAAACUGACCUAUAGAACUGGGAAUCUAAACACAUUAUACGAAAUCAAAGGCAAGCUUGAGCUAUUACUUCACACAAAGCAAGAAAUUGUGAAUGGGUUUGAAAAUUACCAGGCUGCUGAACUUGAAGAUGAGGUCUCGUCUGAAUCGACUUCGAGCGAGCAUGGAAAUGAGUAUGUCCCGUUUUCAGAUGAAGAAAACCAGUAA